UCCAACAUGAGCGCGGCUGCGGUUGCACUCCUGGUCCGCUGCGCCCUCCUUGGGCUCCUGGGGUCCGCCUGGGGGGUCUCCUCCGCCCCCGAAGAGGAGGAGAAGGCGGCGGCCGGGGCCGGGGGGGGGGGACCCCCAGCCGGCCAGCCGCCAGAGCUGCCCACCGUGGCGCUGGCCAUCCUGGCCCGCAACGCCCAGCACUCCCUGCCUUAUCACCUGGGGGCCCUGGAGCGCCUGGAUUAUCCCAAGGAGCGCAUCUCCAUCUGGUGUGUGACGGAUCACAAUGUGGACAACACAACAGAAAUACUUCGGGAAUGGCUCACCGCAAUGGAGGGACACUACCGACACAUUGAGUGGAGAGCAGAGGAUGAGCCCAGCUCUUACGCUGAUGAACUUGGACCCAAACAUUGGAGUCAUGAGCGCUUUGAGCAUGUCAUGAGGCUUAAGCAGGGAGCUCUGAAUUUUGCCCGGGCUGAGCGGGCUGAUUAUAUUUUGUUCACCGACACAGACAGCAUCCUGACCAACAACCAGACUCUGAAGUUCCUCAUGGCACAAAACAAAACUGUUAUUGCCCCCAUGUUGGAUUCCCAAACGUACUACUCCAACUUCUGGUGUGGGAUCACUCCUCAGGGUUAUUAUCGCAGGACGGCAGACUAUUUUCCCACCAAGAACCGGCAGCGUGUUGGAUGCUUCCCGGUCCCCAUGGUAUUCGCUGCCUUCUUGAUUGACCUCCGGAAGGGCGAGACGGCAAAGAUGGCCUUUUACCCUCCCCAUCCCAGCUAUACCUGGCCGUUUGAUGACAUCAUUGUCUUUGCAUAUUCCUGUCAAGCUGCAGGAGUCCAGAUAUACUUGAGCAACCAGGAACACUUUGGCUACAUCAACGUCCCCGUGAAGUCGCAUCAGACGCUGGAGGAUGAAAGCAUCAACUUUGUGCACCUUAUUCUGGAGGCCAUGGUGGAUGGCCCCCCUAUGACCCCCUCCAAGCAUGUUUACCUCCCCCCAAAGCGCCUGAGCAAAAUUGGGUUUGAUGAGAUUUUCCUCAUCAACUUGGCGCGGCGUUCAGACCGGCGGCACCGCAUGCUGAGUGCACUCUCUGAGUUGGAGAUCGACCCCCUGCUGGUAAACGCCGUGGACGGAAGUGCCUUGAACAGCAGCGAUAUCAAGAAACUGGGUGUGGACCUGCUUCCGGGAUAUUACGACCCCUUCUCAGGCAGGACACUUACGAAGGGAGAGGUCGGCUGCUUCCUUAGCCACCAUUAUGUGUGGAAAGAGAUCGUGGAGCGAGGGCUGGACAAGUCAGUAGUGUUGGAAGAUGAUGUUCGCUUUCAACCAUAUCUCAAAAAGCGGCUGUUGAGGCUGAUGGAUGACCUGGAGCGGGCGCAGCUGGACUGGGACCUGAUUUACCUGGGCAGGAAACAAGUGAACUCUGAGGAUGAAGAGCCAGUGGAGGACGUGCGGAAUCUUGUAGUGGCCGAGUAUUCCUACUGGACUUUGGCCUACGUCAUCUCACGGCAGGGGGCUCAGAAAUUGAUCGACGCUCAGCCCCUUUCCAAAAUCCUACCAGUGGAUGAAUUUUUGCCUAUCAUGUAUGACAAGCAUCCUAAUUGGGAUUACAAAAAGUAUUUCCCCACCCGAGACUUGCAGGUUUAUUCUGUGCGCCCCCUCCUGGCAUACCCCACUCACUACACUGGGGAGGCCAAGUGGAUGAGUGACACGGAGACCUCCACCAUCUGGGACGACGACUCCCACAAGACCGAAUGGAGCGGCUCACAGAAGACGCUGAAGGAUGCCCGCACCAUCGGCAGCGGCACAACCGGCCACUCCUUUCGCUCGGCCUCCAGGGAUGAGCUAUAACAUCUGCUGGGGUCAGGUGUGAAGAAGACAGAAAUUCUGGGCUUGAUCCCCCCCCCCCCCCGAGGAAAGCUGGAUUUGCUUGUUGCGGCUGAACAAGAAAUGUACUGUUUUGAAAAUCUGCGUCGAAAGAUCCGUUUGUCCAUUCCCAGCACCUCUGGCAUCUCCCUCUCUGGGCUGCCGUGGUACGUUUGGCCCAGUGAUGCAGAACUUCUCCUUUAGCAUCUCCUUGAACUAUAGCUUCCUUCACAAGUAGGCUGAAUGGUUCUAAUCGCUCUCAACCUUGGACCCCUUUGGAUGACAUUUUUCCUGUGCGGGACCUGAGACUCCUGUUUUGCUGCACCCUGCCUGGAUGUGGGCUCUUUUGUACAGGUGUUUAUUCUUGAAACAGUCCGUUUGGACGUCUGAAACCCCUGGUUUGGAUGGGUUAUUUGAACAGUCUCUUAGCAGUGUGUGUGUGGGGGGGUGUCUGUCCUGUUUAUGUUUCCUUGGACGCCAAGAAGAGAAAGAGCCAGUGCCUUCUUAAUAAGCCAGCUGGGAGUUCUCAGGAUCACCUCUUGUGUCCCAGAAAUUGUGGUUCCAGACGAGUUCCUCCAAGCCAAUGGAGCAAAAAUACGACUUUCCCUGAACCAUUUUCACUUCACAUUCUGUCUGGGUCUAGCCUGGAGUCACUGUGCUAGGCCUUGAUUAUAUUUUAUUUAACUGAACCGAGAAAAUUAAAGUGCGGAUUAAACAUGAGCUCUUAUUUAAAUUCACAGAAGAAUGUGUUUACUGCAAGUCGUGCUCUCCUCUCUAACAUUACGAUUGCCAGCUGAAGGACUUUGUGUCCCCUUAACUGCUGCUACGUGACGUUUCACGGCAUUCUUUGUGUAAAAAAAAAAAGCAUGCAGAGCUGAGUUUCUGCUUGUGACACAACUACAAAAGGCACAGGAACUGUCAUGGGGAGGUGGCAACUUUGUAUUUUGGGUGCAAAUACAUCGGGGGGGGGGGCUCUCCUGAACCUGGGACCAUUCCACGGUGGGUUCUGAGGGCCAGGAACUCAGCACUUUAAAAAAGUUGUGACCAGAAAAUUUCCAAUGGUGCAAUCACAAUAAAUUCAACAA